GAUCGUUCUCGAUUAGUUCUCGAUCCACAAACAGUAAUUUACCUGCAGUGGUAGAGCAAAAUGGCAGCGCACAUGGCGUGAGAAUACAUGUGUGUGAACCGGUAUUCCGUCUCAUUUUGUUUACAACGGGAAAAAAUCCGACUUUUACAAUGAUACAACGCUUAACCCAUCCUGUCAAAAUUAUAUGCAAGUCACGAAGGUUUUUAAAUAAUUUUACUCAACUGUCGACUACUGAUACAUCACUGGUUUCAGUAUGUACGCCAGAGAUAAAGAAGAGAAUAGAGAAAUCCUGGGGCGAUAAAAUUAAUGUUUACAAACCCAAUGUAGAUGACGAUGCCAAAGAUAAAUUUUAUAUUCUGUCUAUGUUCCCGUAUCCAUCUGGUGCCUUGCAUAUGGGUCAUGUUCGAGUUUAUACAAUAAGUGACACUGUAGCUCGAUUUUAUACAUUGAAAGGUAAAAAUGUAAUUCAUCCAAUGGGCUGGGAUGCCUUUGGAUUGCCAGCAGAAAAUGCUGCUAUUGAAAGAGAAAUUAGUCCUGCUGUAUGGACAGAUGAAAAUAUAAAGACAAUGCGUAAUCAAUUAAAAAUGUUAAAUUAUUCUUUUGAUUGGGAUAGAGAAUUUGCGACCUGUGAUCCAAAUUAUUACAAAUGGACUCAAGAUUUAUUUUUAAAGUUGUUCGAUAAAGGUUUGGCCUAUCAAAAAGAAGCCUAUGUUAAUUGGGAUCCUGUUGAUCAGACUGUAUUAGCCGAGGAACAGAUAGAUAUAAAUCAACGGUCUUGGCGGUCUGGUGCACGUGUAGAGAAAAAAUUGUUGAAGCAGUGGUUUAUCAGAACGACAACUUUUGCAAAAUCAUUGUGGGACGGUUUAGAUGAUCCAAUCUUGAAGGAAUGGAGAGAUAUUAUAAAAUUACAGAAACACUGGAUAGGCGAUUGCAAUGGUAUUAGUAUUGAUUUUAAAUUAAUAUCUACAAUUCCCGAGUUUCCACGGACGUUAAAUAUAUGGACUGACAUGCCAGAAUUUAUGGAGUACGCAAAGUUUGUUGCUAUAUCCCCCCAAAGUAUUUUACACAAUGAGAAAUACACACACGAAAUAGACACCGGUAUAAAAUGUUUAAACGCAAAAGUAAUAAAUCCAUUUUCUGACGAGGAAUUGCCGGUUUUUAUCACCGAUAAAGUUGUUUACCCGCCAUGGAGAGAUAUACGUUUAGGUAUACCCUCAGCAUCAAUGGACGAUUUAAAAUUCUCAGAAUUAGUUGGAAUACCAUUUACUCGACAUUCGAUACGUAGUCACGAACAGCAACAGCAAAAGAUAUUUGAAGUAUUUCGGAAAGCUAGAGAAUGGGGAAUAGGUGGGUAUCCAGUGAGCUCGAGAUUACAGGAUUGGUUAAUCUCUAGACAGAGAUAUUGGGGUACACCUAUUCCAAUUAUUCAUUGUACAAAUUGUGGCGCACAACCUGUACCUCGUGAUCAACUUCCUGUGACACUGCCAAAGAUGGUGCACUUAGGUUCAAACAAAAGACUUUCUCUCUACGAUGCAAAGGAUUGGUUGCAGACGAGUUGUCCCAAGUGCAAAGAAAAGGCAACCAGAGAAGCCGAUACAAUGGAUACAUUUGUAGAUAGUAGCUGGUAUUUUUUAAGAUUUAUAGAUCCCAAAAAUACAAAAAAGAUGUUUUCGACAGAAAAAGUUAAGAAGGCCUUUCCCGUUGACCUCUAUAUAGGUGGAAAAGAACAUGCCGUACUCCAUUUAUACUUCGCCCGAUUUAUAAGUCACUUUCUGUAUUCAGAAGAUCUUUUACCAUGUCGAGAACCAUUUAGACAGCUUCUCGUGCAAGGAGUAGUAAUGGGUAAAACAUAUCAAGUUACAAGUACCGGGAAAUACAUACCAGAAAAUGAAGUAAAAAUGGAAGGGAAUCAAUACAUGACAAAACAUGGAGAACAUGUCUCUAUGCGCUGGGAAAAAAUGUCAAAAUCAAAGCAUAAUGGAGUCGAUCCUAUCAAUCUGUUGAAUAAAUAUGGAAUAGAUACAACACGAUUAUUAAUACUGGCCGAUGUUGCACCAACGUCUACUAGAAAUUGGUCGGAAGACACUGUUAAAGGUAUAAUCAAUUGGCAAAACCGUAUUUGGAACUGUGUUAAGCGGUUUAAGAUUGAACGUGACAAGAUGACUCUGGACGAAUUCAAAAGCGAUCCUACUGAUCCUAAAUUCACUGAACACGAUGCGUACAUGUUCGACAGCCGAAAUUAUUUUCUUAAAAACGUGACAUUUAACAUAGUUGAAUCUCAGCAGCUUAGUGUAGCAAUAUCUCGAAUGCAAGGUCUUACAAAUAGCUUGCGAAAAGUUGGUGUGGAGUGCCUGAAAAAAAGUCGCGAGUACGAGCGAGCGUUAGCUGUUCAAAUUAUAAUGCUCGCUCCAUUUGCUCCACAUUUUGCUUCCGAGUUAUGGACUAUUUUCCGUUCUGUGAAGCAUCUUCUUAUAAGUAAUACAGAGGUAGACUUGAACAAAGAUGUAUUAGAACAGAAAUGGCCGGACAUUGACAUGGACUAUAAACUUGUAAUGAACAUUUUCGUGAACAAAAGAGAAUUUAUUAAAAUGAAGAUUCCUCGACGUACAUUAGAUGAAAUGACGGCAGAUACGGCGUUGGAAUAUGUGAUCCUCAAUCCGUAUUAUCAAAAGUAUUCAUACAAUAAAAAUGUUGUAGCAGUCAAUUUUCAGUCAGAGAAAGGCUGUGAUGCAUCGUUGUACAUAACCAUGGAAAAAGAAGAUUAAAUAAGAGAUGAGCGUUAUGAUAUUUGUAAACAUAAAAUAUCAAUAAUCUACAUUAUAAAUAUAGAACUAUUUAUUACAUAAACAAAGUUUUCAGCUAGGAAUGUACCACAA